AGCCGGGGGGGGGCCAUGGGGCUGAACGGCGUGUCCCCCCCCUUCAGGAAGCUGGGCUGCUUCCCCCCCGUCAUGUGCCAAUGCAAAGUCAUUUGCAGCAACCGGACCCUGUCCCUGAUGUUCGGGUGCAAGAAAUAUCGCUACCAAGAUGAGGACAGCCCGCCCCUGGAGCAGAGCCCGGCGCAUCUCCCCAACCAGGUAAAGGCCCCCGAGCUCGUCCACGUCUCGGAGAAGAACUUGUCCCAGAUCGAGAACGUCCACGGCUACGUGGCCCACUCCCACGUCUCCCCCAUGAAG